AACCAUACUCGGCAGCAAUGUCAGUGGAAGUGGAGACCUCCGAGGGAGUAGAUGAGUCGGAAAAAAAGAACUCUGGGAGUACAGAAAAGGAAAACCACACCAGAAUGGCUGACCUCUCUGAGCUCCUGAAGGAAGGGACCAAGGAAGCACAUGGCCAGGCAGAGAAUACGCAGGUUGUCAAGGACUUCUUGAAAGGCAACAUUAAGAAGGAGCUAUUUAAGCUGGCCACCACUGCACUUUACUUCACCUACUCAGCCCUGGAGGAGGAAAUGGACCGCAACAAGGACCACCCAGCCUUCGCCCCCUUGUACUUCCCCACGGAGCUGCACCGGAAGGAGGCCCUGACCAAGGACAUGGAGUACUUCUUUGGUGAAAACUGGAAGGAACAGGUGCAGUGCUCUGAGGCUGCCCAGAAAUAUGUGGAGCGGAUCCACUACGUGGGGCAGUAUGAGCCGGAGCUGCUGGUGGCCCACGCCUACACCCGCUACAUGGGGGACCUUUCGGGGGGCCAGGUGCUGAAGAAGGUGGCCCAGCGGGCACUGAAGCUGCCCAGCACAGGCGAGGGGACGCAGUUCUACCUGUUUGAGAACGUGGACAAUGCCCAGCAGUUCAAACAGUUCUACCGGGCCAGGAUGAAUGCCCUGGACCUGAACCUGGAGACCAAAGAAAGGAUUGUGGAGGAGGCUAACAAAGCCUUUGAAUACAACAUGCAGAUCUUCAAUGAACUGGACCAGGCUGGCUCCACACUGGCCAGAGAGACCCUGGAGGACGGGCUCCCUGUGCACGAUGGGAAAGGAGACGUGCGCAAAUGCCCCUUCUAUGCUGCUGAACAAGACAAAGGUGCCCUGGAGGGCAGCAGCUGCCCCUUCCGAACAGCCAUGGCCGUGCUGAGGAAGCCCAGCCUCCAGUUCAUUCUGGCCGCCGGCGUGGCCCUGGCUGCUGGACUCUUAGCCUGGUACUACAUGUGAAGGACCUGUCACACCAUGCUGGUGCCCUCCUCCCAAGUGACUGCUGUCCUACCCCAUCUCCACCCCUGACUAAACUACCGCCUCAGGUGACUUUUUUUUUUUUUUUUUAAACUGCUGGGUUUAAGAAAACAACAAAUAAAAGCCAGACGUUAGAGCCCCGCCUGACAGCGUCCUUUCUGUGGGCCAGAUGUCAUGCUGGGCACAGGCUGUCACCUCAGAAGCAGGUAAUACAGUGCAGCUAGGCUUGGUGGUCCUAGGCCUCUGCCCCACCUCUGCCAGGGGUCCCACACCUCUGAGCCCUAUACUCUGCUCCGUUCCUGUUGUUCUUGCUGCACUUGAAUAGCAUUCUUUCCCUGGUUCUGUGGGAGAGGGCCUCGCCAGGCCGGAUGCUGCUCAAUUUCUGGGCUUUUGUAGGGCCUGGGGGUGGGGAGUGGGGGUUGGCAGAAGCCAGGCCCUUCCCAUGUCUCAGAGGCUCUGAGAGCUCGUCCCUCUCACCAGAAACCCCCAAGGUCUAUUCGCUGUGAUGUGCCUCCUCCUCGGAGCUGUGUGAAUGCUAUAGCACUCAAUAAAAUGGACUCUGCACGCUUCCUCCCUCUUUCCUGGCCCCGGUGGUCCCCGUAGCCCAGGGGGGAGGACAGUCCUUCAGGAGCAAGGGCAUGUCUGUGUGU